AGGUCUUCCGCUACUGUUCUGGUAUGUAUUGGACUCGGAUCACAUGAAGAAGUUCUUUGAUUACAUACAACUUCCUAAUUUUGACAUAGCGUCUGAUGCUUCAGCAACUUUUAAGGAGCUUUUGACAAGGCACAAAUCUACUGUGGCUGAAUUUCUCACUAAGAAUUACGAGUGGUUUUUCGCAGAGUAUAAUUUAAAACUUUUGGAGUCUACCAAUUACAUCACCAGACGUCAAGCUGUCAAGUUGCUUGGAGACAUGCUGCUUGAUCGUUCCAAUUCUGCUGUUAUGACGCGAUAUGUGAGCUCAAAAGACAACUUAAGGAUUCUAAUGAAUCUUCUGAGGGAGUCAAGUAAAAAUAUCCAGCUAGAAGCAUUUCAUGUCUUCAAGCUUUUUGCUGCCAAUCAAAACAAGCCUCCUGAGAUCAUCAGCAUACUAUUGGCAAAUAGAAACAAGCUGCUACGGUUUUUUAGCGACUUUAAGAUGGAUAAAGAGGAUGAACAAUUUGAGGCAGACAAAGCUCAAGUUGUGAAGGAAAUUGUCGCCCUUGGACAUUUAGAUCGGCAGUAAGCAGCUGUGGACUAUUGUGUAAUUCCGUUUUAUUUAAUUGUAAAUUUUGAAAUUGUUUGUGAAUUCUAUCCUUACCAGUUACUCUGUUUUCAACUUUAGUGGAUUGACUUAUAUUUAGUCUUGACUUA